GUAAGGUUUAGAGUCCUCCACGUCUCACUUCGUGUCACAUCCUUGCAAACACAUGGCUCCAGCCCCCUCCAUACAUAUAUGAAAAGCUAGCAAGAAACCCUUAAACCCCAGAAAACCCAAGCUUCUCAAAGACUCUCUCUUUCUCUCAACUAUUGCACUGAGACGCAAAUCAAUGGCGAACAAAGAGAUGGAAGUGGUGAAGGGUGUGGACCUAAAGAGGUACAUGGGUCGGUGGUAUGAGAUAGCCUCAUUCCCAUCGAGGUUCCAGCCCAAGAAUGGUGAAAACACAAGGGCUACAUACACCUUGAGAGAUGAUGGGAUUGUGAAUGUGCUCAAUGAGACCUGGACUGAUGGGAAAAGAGGGUCCAUAGAAGGCACUGCAUACAAGGCUGACUCCAAGAGUGAUGAAGCCAAGCUCAAAGUGAAAUUCUAUGUGCCUCCCUUUCUGCCCAUCAUCCCUGUCGUUGGGGACUACUGGGUUUUGUUCCUUGAUGAUGAUUAUCAGUAUGCCUUGAUUGGAGAGCCUAGCAGGAAGUCUCUUUGGGUACUGUGCAGGCAAACCCAUCUAGAUGAUGAGAUCUACAAUCAACUGGUUGAAAGGGCCAAAGAAGAGGGCUAUGAUGUGAGCAAGCUGCACAAGACGCCACAGAGUGAUCCUCCACCAGAGGGAGAAGAAGGGCCUAAGGACACCAAAGGCUUUUGGUGGAUUAAAUCCCUUCUGGGGAAAUAGGGUUAAUCACAAUGGUGUAUUGGGGUUUCACUGUUCAAGUACAUAUGAAAUAAAAGAUGAAAACCCUGACUGCAGCAUCCAGAUUAGGGAUAUUUCUGUGUUCAUUUGCUUUUUGUAGUUGUUGUACAGCAGGAAAUGGCGUACAAGUGUGUGUGUGUGUGUGUGUGUGUUGAGUUUUGACGCCCAAACUGUGAAGUUUUAAGUUGUGAACUAUUUACCUAAAUCUCAUCUGGGUCUGUUCAAUUUGCUUUGAUGUGAAAAUCUGCCAUGGAUUAUAUAUAUAAUCAAUGGCUACUGGAUAUUAUAAUAUUUGUGAAAUAUUGAUGUGAUAUAUUAUAUGAGAUUUCCAUAAUUAUGUAUA